UCGAUCUCGUCGCGCGGUAAGGACUGACAUGCACGCUCUCGUUAUCAAGAGAGAAAUGGGGCGGCGCGCAUGGCGACCGUUGGUGGUGUUCUUGGCUCUGGUCGCCGCGUCGCGGCCGGCCGUGGCGGCGCCGCAGGUGCCGUGCUACUUCGUGUUCGGGGACUCGCUCGUCGACAACGGCAACAACAACGUCAUCGCGUCGAUGGCGCGGGCGGACUACCCGCCCUACGGGAUCGACUUCGCCGGUGGCCCCUCCGGACGGUUCAGCAACGGCCUCACCACCAUCGAUGUCAUCACUAGGCUUCUGGGCUUCGACAGCUUCAUCCCCCCGUUCGCCGGUGCAAGCAGCCAGCAGCUCCUCACCGGCGUCAACUUCGCCUCCGCCGCCGCCGGCAUCCGCGAAGAGACUGGCCAGCAGUUGGGUGGGCGUAUCACUUUCAGCGGUCAGAUACAGAACUACCAGUCGGCCGUGCAGGAGCUGAUCAGCAUCCUCGGCGACGAGGACUCCGCCGCGGCGCACCUGAGCAAGUGCAUCUUCUCCGUCGGCAUGGGCAGCAACGACUACCUCAACAACUACUUCAUGCCGGCCUUCUACAACACCGGCAGCCGCUACACCCCGCAGCAGUACGCCGACGUGCUCAUCGCGCAGUACUCCCGGCUCCUGCGGGUGAUGUACAACUACGGGGCGAGGAAGGUGGCGCUGAUCGGCGUGGGGCAGGUGGGGUGCAGCCCCAACGAGCUGGCGGCGCAGAGCGCCAACGGCGUGACGUGCGUCGAGCGCAUCAACAGCGCCGUACGGAUCUUCAACCAGAGGCUCGUCGGCCUGGUCGACCAGUUCAACUCGCUGCCCGGCGCGCACUUCACCUACAUCAACAUCUACGGCAUCUUCGACGACAUCCUCAAGACCCCUGGAGCCCACGGUUUGAAGGUGACGAACAAAGGAUGCUGCGGGGUGGGGAGGAACAACGGGCAGGUGACGUGCCUGCCGUUCCAGACGCCGUGCGCCAACCGGCACGAGUACCUCUUCUGGGACGCCUUCCACCCGACGGAGGCGGCCAACAUCCUUGUCGGCCAGAGGACGUACAUCGCCAAGCUGUCGUCCGACGUCCACCCGGUGGACAUCCGGACUCUCGCGCGGCUCUAGUUACACGGAUCGUGCCGGAGCAACUGAGCAAGCGGCCAUGAGCUAGCUUAUACGCUUCGGUUCUUUUUUGUGAAUUGCGAUAGAUCCGACAUUGUGUGGGCGUGGUGUCAGCAACAUAAGCAUUACGAACCUUGGGCGUAUAAUAACAUACUAGUGGCUUGCGCGUGCCCUGCGUGCGGUGAAAA